CAUUCUUUGCAUUUACCAGGUUCAGGUACCCUGGAUGACUGUGCCAGUGACAAAAUAAGUGGGUACAUUUGCUUGAUAAUCACUGCAGGCUAAGCAUUGUCUUGAUAUUAUAGGACUGGAAGCAAGAAUGGAGUCUCAUCAACCAGAAAUAUCACAAUUCUGCUCUGUGACUGGAAUCGAUUAUGAGAGAGCCAAAUUUUUUCUGGAAUCUGCCAACUGGGAUCUCAAUGUGGCCCUAUCCAGUUUUUAUGAUGAAGCAGGGGCUGAAAGUGGGAGUGGCGGGUCACCUAGAUCCAGCCCUGGACCAGCAGAUGGAAAACCAAGUCACCUUUCCUCUUCAUCUCCUCCUUCAAGACCCAAGAUCAUGACCAUGGAUGCUCUAAAAGCAACCAGCAAUAGUGCAGGUGAUGAAGAAGGCCAAGCAUUUUUUGCAGGUGGGUCAGAGCACAGUGGGCAGCAGGUGCUUGGGCCUCCUCGCAAAUCACCUGGCAAAAUCAUUGAAGAAAUGUUUCGCAGUGCACGCGAGCAAGGAGCUGAGGAAGUUAUGAGUGGUCCCAGUAGCGAUUCUGCAAUGAAAAAAGACCACAUGGGAGCAGCUUUUAUUGGAACUGGGAUGCGUCUUGGUCAAACCUCAACUGAUCAUGAGCCUGUGCCAGGAGCUUUAAAGCCAGCAGAUCCAAAAACAGCAGUGCUGCAACUUUGGAAGGAAGGGUUCAGUGUAGAUGGUGAAGCACUUCGAGACUAUAGUGAUCCCAGCAACAAGGAGUUCCUGGAAUCCAUUCGACGUGGGGAAAUCCCCCAAGAACUUAUCCAGGGAGCGAAUGGAGGGGAAGUGCAUUUGAACAUGGAGGAUCAUAGAGACGAGACAUACACAGCCCCAAAAGUGAUUAAGAGGCCUUUCACAGGAAAAGGUCACUUGCUUGGUAGCCCAGCUCCCCCUGUGAUUGGUGCAACAGGUAUGAACACACAGGAGGACAAGGAGGCAAAUGAGGAACAUGCAAAAAAGGAGUUGAAACUCAAAGAUGGUGAGCCGGUGACCACAAUUCAGGUGCGCCUUGCUGAUGGUACUCGCCUCAUCAUCAAGGCCAACCAUUCCCAUACAGUUGAUGAUAUUUGCACUUACAUUUUUUCAACCCAAGUGUUUGGGCUGUACGGUGGUUUCCCCAGCAAGGAACUGGUAGAAGGGAGACAGACCUUGAAGGAAGCCAAUCUCCUCAAUGCACUUAUCAUCCAGCGUCUC